AUGGGGGACUUUAAUGAGGUGUUGACACAUGAUGAGAAAAGUGGAGGUAAGCAAAGACAAGAGAGACAAAUGAUGAGGUUCAGAGAAGCACUAGAUGAUGGUGGGCUUUUUGAUCUGGGGUGGAGAGGUGACAAGUACACCUGGAGUAACAAGCAUGGGGAUGACACAUUUACAAAAGAGAGGCUGGAUAGAGCAGUUGCUAAUCUGAAAUGGAAAGGAAUUUUUAAAGAAGCAUGGGUAGAGGUGUUAGCAGCUAGAUGUUCAGACCACAAACCACUUUUGUUAUGUCUGAACCAAGAACCUGCAAGAGUAUGGAGGGGGAAGAGACUGUUCAGGUAUGAGACAAAAUGGUCUCUUGAGGAUGAUUGUGAGGAAGUAAUAAAGAGAGUUUGGCAAGUGAGGGCAACAGAGAAAGCAUUUGGUAGGGGCUUGCAAAGGUUGCUGGAGAGCAGUAAAGGUGCAUUGAUGCAAUUGAGCAAAAUGGUUGAAAAUGAUAGAAGGAGAGACCUGAAGGACAAAACAGAAUUACUUAAAAAACUACAAGAAGAUGAAGGUUGGCAUAACAGUGAGGAGAUCAAGAAAGUUCAAGCUGAGAUAGGGGUCUGCCUAGAGAUGGAGGACCUAAAGUGGAGGCAAAGAGCUAAAGUGGAUUGGUAUAAACUGGGGGAUCGCAAUACUCAGUUCUUUCACAGCUAUGCCAAUCAAAGGAGGAAAAAGAAUAGCAUUAAGCAAAUUUAUGAUGGUCAAAAUGUGAGGCAUACCAGUCAUACUCAGAUAGAGUUGGUGUUUAAUAGUUACUUUCAGGACUUGUUUACUUCAUCUCUGCCAAGUUCUGAGGAUAUUGAUGAGUGUCUAAGGGGAGUUGAAUCCUGUGUAACAGCUGAGAUGAAUUCUUCUUUAACAAAGCAAUUCAUUAGAAUGGAGAUUGAGGCAGCUAUAAAAUAA